GCAGCAGUGGCGCAUAUUUCGAUCGGUCCGAAAUACACGUACAAUCAGUCAACCUUGAAAGGAAUGAACACAUUUGUGUAAACGCGUUGCAUCGCUUUGCAACAGCAGUGUGCGAAAUACACGGUCGCCGAAGAUGAUAGAUAAGAUUUCUUCGUCCGAGAUGUACAGAAUAGUGGCAUGAGUCGAUUAAUCUAUGGCAGAUCAACAAGAUCAGUCAUCAUCAGGGGGGUCUGUAGAGAAGGCCAGUGCUUCAGCAGACACCUCUAAACCUAAGGGGAAAAGCUCUAGUAGUGGCUCGAGUGGCUAUAGAAAACGACAAAGUACUGGUGCAAUCUCAGAUACGGUUGAAGAGAAGAGACGUAGACAGGCCACUGGUGAAUCAGCAUCUCAAGUUGACGGUAACACAGCGCACACACAUUCGAUUGAUUCUUCCAAGGGAGAGGGUAGAAUCAGAGGUGAACGAAGAAAUCAUGGCACUGGCUUAGAAUCUUAUCCAGCAGAUUCCGACUGGAGAUCACAACAUAAGAUUCAUCAAGCCAACUAUAGCGGUAGUGGUAGCGGUACAAGGGUGCGUAGUGCAGCAAGGACGAAUUUGGCGGAGUUAAAUUUAACACCUACCGAUUGUGUGGCAUCACGGACUCGCUCUCGUACACCACAAAAUCCACAAGCAUUGACACAGGGAACUAGCAGUUACGAUCUAUCGUUGUCCAGCGGAUACGGUAGCCGGAAAACAAGUACCUACAACAACUUAGUAACUUCAUCGAGUGUGACAUCGAUCACUAGUCAUCCAUCCACAUCACGAGGAAGAGGAGGCCAGAGGAUGAGCGAAUGUCUGGAAGGAUUUGUGUCUGCUGUCAAAGCACUUUUUCCAAUAUCAACACAAACCUACCAUCAAGAAGAUACAAAAUCUCACGGCGGUGCGACCUGUAGCACAACGAGUAGCAGUACGAGUAGUCAAGUCUUGGGUGUCAAGUCCAGCAUCAGAGUGGGUAACACAGCAAGUAACUCUGUGGAGAGUGGUGGGGGUGCGUUGGCACAUGACGGGGCAGGCACGAGUGGUAUCGCGUCGACGGCCACUAUCAAUCCACCUGUGUCUGCCGCCGCUUCUGCCAACCUUGCACACCCUCAUUCUACACACAAGCACCUGCUACGUUCUCGCGCGAAAGCUUCGGGCGAACAACCCAAGGAACUGCCAUCGAGUAACAAAACUUCGGGAAAGCAUCAUAAGAAAGACUCGACCACGGGUUCCUGCUCGAGUUCCAGACAUCGCUCCUCAUCGCGCGUGAGGAAGCCAGUGGUUGAGAGCAGCUCAGGCGGAUUGAGCAGUGUGAUGUCAGGCAAUGAUUCCAUCAGCGCUACAUCGGUCUCAUCCUCUGCUCCCAGCAGUCAGUUAAUCUCAACCACAGGUGAGGAGGAGUCGGCAUCAACUGCUACAUCCGCCACAGCCGGUGGGGGGCCGUCCGGAAUGUCAGGAACAACUGGUGACAGUGAAAGCGACGAUGGAGAGGUUGGACGACUGCAAGCUCUGCUCGAAGCUAGAGGUUUGCCACCUCAUGUGUUUGGUGCGCUGGGCCCGCGAAUGCAGCACUUGCUUAACAGAGGCAUGGGUACAAGUUCUGCUGCUAAGGCGCAACAAUUGUUAGCUGGCUUACAAGCUGUGGAGGAUGAAGGAGAGCAAUUGCAAGCUGUCAUGAAUAUGGGAGAGAUUCUUGUGAUGGGCAAUGAAGAUACUUUAACAGGUUUCCCUGUUAAACAAGUGGUCGCAGCUUUAAUUAAUCUACUGGGCGUUGACAAUUUUGCGAUAAUGACACACGCAUGUCGUGCUCUUACGUAUAUGAUGGAGGCAUUGCCACGGUCGUCUACCGUUGUCGUGGACGCAGUGCCGGUAUUCUUGCAGAAACUCGAAUCGAUCGAAUGCAUGGAUGUUGCCGAGCAAUGUCUGACAGCGUUAGCCAUGUUGUCGCGCAGGCAUAGCAAAACAAUUUUGCACGCAGGUGGCGUGUCGGCAUGUUUGAAAUUUGUCGACUUUUUCAACAUCACCGCGCAACGUGCGGCGUUAACAAUUACCGCGAAUUGCUGUCAGAAUCUUCAUCCCGAUGAUUUUCAUUUGGUAGCUGAUAGUUUAUCGUUAUUGACGAGCAGAUUGACGAAUCAAGAUAAGAAGAGCGUUGAGUGCGUGUGUCAAGCAUUCAGCCGAUUGGUCGAGAGUUUCCAACACGAUCCUGUGAUGUUGCAUAAAAUUGUCAAUGCCGAACUCUUACAGAACUUGCAACAGCUGCUUAUGAUCACUCCGCCGGUUAACAACACUAACAAUUUCAUAACUGUAUUACGAAUGCUCUCUGUGAUAUCGAAUCGCUGUCCCGAUCUGGCACAGUUAUUGCUGCAACAAAACAUAGCUUUCACAUUAAGUUAUCUCUUAACUGGAUCUCUGGAAGUCAAAACGGAGGAUGUGGAAUUGGUACCACACACACCGCAGGAGUGGUUCGAAAUUACAUGUUUAAUCGAGGAACUUAUGCCCCCAUUGCCGACAGAUGGAAUAUUCAGUGUAAAUAGUUUGCUCGAAAGAACCAGCAACCAACAGGAGACUGUUCAGUGGGAAUGGCGCGACGAGAGACAAUGCUCCCAUCCGUUCAGUACUAUAGAUUCUAGAAUUAUCGAGAUGGCGUUCCAAAACGGCGAAGACGAGAUAUGCCUUUCCUCUUUAGGACGAACUUACACUAUAGAUCUGACUGUGAUGAAACAAAUUAACGAGGAUGGAGGAAUGGCAAGAAGUAUAUUUCGCAGAGUGAACGCCAAUCCCACUGAGGGAAAGAGUCCUACUUGCUCAUCUAGUAUGGAUGUCGUGCCUCCCGUAAUCGAAACAAACGAAUGGCUAGUGUCUUUUAUUCGAACUUUAUUCUCUGUGCUGUAUGAAGUUUACAGCAGCUCGGCUGGACCCGCUGUGAAGUGCAAAUGUCUGCGAGCCCUCCUUCGUAUGGUGUAUUAUGCUUCAACUGAUUUACUUAAGGAUGUUCUAAAGAAUCAAGUGGUUUCGUCGCAUAUAGCUGGUAUGCUAGCGUCGCAAGAUUUACGCAUAGUUAUUGGGGCUCUUCAAAUGGCGAGUAUCUUGAUGAAGAGACUGCCGCAAGUGUUUGGGGUUCAUUUUCAUCGCGAAGGCGUACUGCAUCAAGUUCGUCAAUUAGCAGAUCCCGAAGUACCUCUCGGUGUUUCACCACCCAAGUGCCCUUCUGGUACAUCAUUACCAAGCCCGCAGCCAGGUCCGUCUAAUAUACCACUUUCUUCCACCGCAAUGUUGUCUUCUAGCAGUGCCACGUCUCCGGUUGUCUCUCCAUCCUCGAACGGCAACAUAUUGUUUGGCACUAUCGCGUCAUCAUGCCAGUAUAAACCAAAUAUCGGUGCUUCGCUGGAGCCACAUAGAACUGAAUUGAACAGUAGUAUAGAAGAAUCAAGUACACCACAAAGUGCUCACCUAAGAAUUGGUGACGUGCUGAAGAGGAAACGGCAGAACAAAAAGAGUCGUUUCUCAAGACUGGGAGGCGCCACCACUCCGCAGCAAGCGCAACAGCCGGAAUCUCUGUUCACCGGUUUCACUCCGAAGAAUAAUCGAUUUUUGGGAAAUCUCAACCCGGCCAAGUGGGGACGGAAAUCGUCUUCGUCCAAUACCAACAGCGAUAAGAGGGACUCGAGUUCGUCCACGAACUUGUCGAAGCCGCCGAGCAAUCCAAGCUUAACCGGCGGCAAUCGGGAUAAGGCGAAGGCGUGGGUGCGCGAGCAAGCGGCUCAAUUUCUAGCCAGAUAUCAAGACGACGCUCCUUGUUCACAUCCCGCCCUGACGGUUCUUGCUAGAUUGACUGCUGCAAUACAGCGAUUGCAAUCAAAUGAAUUGGACGAAAUGUUGUCAGCGCUAACGGAAUUACGGGACAUAGUUCUCGAGAGCGAUAUAUCACCCUUCGAGAUGAAUUACAGCGGUCUUAUCAAAGCUCUGUUGAACUACCUCACUACCACGGACGCACCGGGCAAUCGUUACGACCGUCUUCGUAUGUUUUGGAAAUUGUUCGCGGAGUCUACUAUGCAACAGAACAACGAUAUUAUGGAUCUGAAUCCUGGAGCUUUUGGCGCUUUAGUGGCGAAAUUAAACAGCUGCGUUGCACAGUUGGAACAAUUCCCGGUGAAGGUUCACGACUUACCCGCGGGUUCUGGCGCUGGUCGCGGUGGCACCAGCGCCCUCAAGUUCUUCAAUACGCAUCAACUUAAGUGUAAUCUUCAACGGCACCCGGAUUGUAAUAACUUGAAGCAGUGGAAGGGCGGCACCGUGAAAAUAGAUCCACUUGCGUUAGUGCAGGCAAUCGAACGUUAUUUGAUGGUACGUGGAUACGGUAGAAUACGAGACGCAGACUCGAUGGUUAGCGACGACGAUAACAGCGAAGAUGAUAUUGAUGAUACUUUGGCGGCAGUCGUGAUAAGUCAGGGAUCGGCCAAGCAUAAACUUCAAUUCUUAAUUGGCGACAUAGUUUUACCUUUCAAUAUGACGGUUUAUCAGGCUGUUAGGCAGUUCGGGUGUUCCGGAGUGGAUCACUCCGAGGCAGAAGCUGACAGUGAACCGCCGUUAGGACACGACGCAGUAUGGGUGCAAACUCACACAAUAUACUACAGACCUGUGCCAGAAGAGGACGCUGUAACUUGUCCAAAAUCGGGGUCGAGCUCGCAGGGUAAUAGCAGGAAGGGCAAGGGAAAAAGUACAAAGAUUAGUUCGAAGAGGAAAGAGGACAGUCUCUGGCUGGAAGGCACGGUUCCAUCUCAGCAAUGUCCCCUCGCGCCGUAUCUAUCUCCCACGUUACCGCCGUCAGUGACCAUCACGGACGCAUCUCUCGACGGAUUGUGUCUACUUCGACUUUUGCACGCUCUCAAUCGUCACUGGGGCAUACUGUUUCCUCACCUGAAGAGCAUGAACUUACUCUCAUCUCAAGACUUCAUCAACAACAAGAUCGCCGCGAAGGCCAGUAGGCAGUUGCAGGAUCCAUUGGUGAUCAUGACUGGAAAUUUGCCCUCCUGGUUACAGCAGAUCGCGACCGUCUGUCCUUUCCUCUUUCCGUUCGAGACGAGGCAGCUCUUGUUGUACGCAACAUCAUUCGACCGAGAUAGAGCUUUGCAACGCCUCUUGGAUUCCGCGCCGGAACUCUCGGGCUCGGAUAGCCAGGAGCGCGUUACGCCUCGUUUGGAACGAAGAAAGAGAACCAUCUCGCGAACGGAUAUUCUUAAGCAAGCCGAGCAAGUGAUUCAAGACUUGGCCUCCAGUAAGGCUUUACUUGAAGUGCAAUAUGUCAACGAGGUCGGUACCGGUCUCGGUCCAACAUUAGAAUUUUACGCUCUAGUCUCAAAGGAACUGCAACGAGCUGAUCUAGAUCUGUGGCACGGCAGUUCCAAUCCUGCGGAAAACGGAUACAUCAAUCCCGCGCACGGACUCUUCCCAUCGCCGAUUCCGUGGAACACUAAAGUAUCCCAUCUAGCCAAAUUGAAAACUAAAUUCAAAUUUCUGGGGAAAUUUAUGGCAAAGGCGAUAUACGAUUCCAGAAUGUUGGACUUGCCGUUUAGUUUAACUUUCUACCGCUGGUUGCUGGGAGAGGAGCACACGCUCACGCUGGCGGACUUGGCACACGUGUGUCCCGACGUGCAUCGCACUCUCGGCAAGCUUCAGGAGGUCGUGAGGAGGAAGGAAGUCAUGGAGAAGGAUCAGACUUUACGACCGCUUGAAAAAGCGCAGUUAAUCGAAGUACUUGACUUGGACACGUGCCCGAUCUCCGAUUUGGGUCUCGUGUUCGAGUUGCCGGGUUACGAGAACAUCGAGUUGAGAAAAGGUGGCAGUGAGAUACCCGUCACUAUUCACAAUCUAGAUCAAUACAUAAAGUUGGUGGUGCACUGGUUCUUGUACGAAGGAGUAUUCAGACAAAUGGAGGCUUUUCGAGAAGGAUUCGAAUCUGUAUUCCCUCCGUCGCAGCUGAGACUGUUUUUCCCGGAGGAGCUCGAGGCGGUGUUCUGCGGACACGCGCAAACCGGCGGACAAUGGGACGUGAAAACUCUCGCCGAGUGCUGCAGGACCGACCACGGCUACACGCCCGACUCCCGCGCCAUUCGUUUCCUCUUCGAAGUCAUGUCCAAGUACAACAGCGAGGAGCAGCGACAAUUCAUUCAGUUCGUCACCGGUUCACCGCGCUUACCCGUUGGAGGUUUCAAAAGCUUAACACCCCCGUUAACGAUAGUACGCAAAACCUUUGAUCCGUCUAUGAAGACAGACGAUUUUUUACCAUCCGUAAUGACUUGCGUUAACUAUCUAAAACUGCCUGAUUAUACCACUUUGGAAAUAAUGCGGGAAAAGUUACGGAUAGCUGCGCAAGAAGGUCAACACUCGUUCCACCUCUCCUAGAAACGAAUGGAAAAUCGACGCGUCAUUUUCUCCUUCACUCUUCUUCACAUUAUCUGAAUCGAGAAUUAUUCGAAUUAUAAUUUUAUUUAAAGUUUAUAUACGUGAAAGUCUUACAUGCGUUUCUCGGCAAUCAAAUCCCAGCGAUAACAGUUACUUUUUAUAUAAAUCUUUUAGAGAUGCUCUUUUUUUUUCUUUUUUUCAUCACAUCAGAAGUAUUUUCAAAAUUCACGAAAAUAAUUUUCUUUUCCGUUUCUAUCUUAUAUCGGUUGAAUUGUGAUAUAUAUAUACUUUGACCAGGAAGAAAAGUGCAAAGCUGCAUAAUUAACCGAACCGCGUGAAUUUACUUAUUUGCGAUACUGCGAAUCGAGUGGCUUGCGAGCGCAACCUCGUUCUAAGGAAAAAAAAAAAAAAAGGAAAAACUUAUCUUCAGUGUGUUACAAUAAAAAAAAAGAGAAAAAAACUGUACAUAUAGUUUAAUAUACGCAAGUCGAUAUAAAUACUUUAUAUGAUAGUAACGAGAAAUGAUAUUGCUAUGAAACACUAUACUAACUAAAUAUAACCUCAGAGAAAGGAGAAACGUUUACUAUAGACUAAGUAAAUUUUAUAUCAGUGAUGCAUUUAAAAAGCAUCGCCAUAUGUCGCCAAUCCGCUGCGUUACAUAAUCGCGGAAGAAUAAAAAAAAACCCAAGAGCUAAAAUCAGCAAACAAACUCGCGUGCUCACGACGAAAAGCGCGCGGGUGCGUGUCUUACUACCGGAAACGAUUUUAAUUCCAGAAAGAAGAAAAAAAACAAUGCUGUCUCUCGCUGCUAUCCUCUAUUUUGUAAUCGAUCUCUACGUGUACGCCGCUUAAGUUCCAACGACCGUGAAUACAACGCGCGAAAUGUUUUUGCGCAACACUCCUACGUUUAAGUUUAACCGAUGUGUAGCAUUCAUUAAUAUUAUUUGAUAUUGUUAUUCUAGAUAAAAUUAGUUCAAUUAUUAGUUUGUUUAGCUGUGUAAGAGCGCAACCAGAAUCGCCAGAGUUUCGUCGUCAUGACGUGUGAAUUGAAGGGAAAUUCCGAUAUCCAUUUACAGGCAAAUCCAUCGUAUUUACGGGAAAAAAAAAGAAAAAAAAAGAAAUGUAAGACAAUUGUAUGAUACGAAAUAGAAUGGAUAUAAAGUAAGUGAAGCUGGUGUAUCAAAUGGUUCAUACAAGGUACAUUACUUUCUUAUGUCAUUAUAGAAACGCGGAGUCUAUAUAAAAAUGUGUGUGUGUAAGAGAGAGAGAGAGAGAGAAGGAGAGAAAGAAAGAAUGUACGUAUAUGUGUAUGUGUCGUGUGUCAGGCAGUCUAUAAUGUCGAAACCAUUUGUUUCAAAUUUAUAUUGUCAAAUUUCGUGUAUAAUAUAUGACUCCGUGCACAUGAA